AAGGCAGGCCGACGCGCAAGCCAACCAGAUCCGCACACACGCUUUGGACCACUCCAGUCCGCCUCUGGCUGCUCCCUUUCCUCCCUCUCCCCCCAUCCCCCAGUGGUGCGGCGCCGACCGGUGCCCCCGGAGACUGAAGAGCCCAGCCGCCCGCCCGCCCCCGCGAUCUCCGGUCCCGACUCCCGCCGCGCCGUCGGUACGAACAGCCCGGCAAUUUCUUCUCCCUCCUCCCCUCCGUUAAACUCCACGUCCGCCAAUCUCAUGUCGUCGUACGGGGCUUUGCUUUCUGUUCAUUUGUUCCUGAGAUCUGUGGAGACACUGGGAUUAGCCCCGCGUGAGAGCCACCGCGACUGUUUCGUUUUCUAGGGUUCUCGAUUCCUCCGUUGUCGAAUUUGAGCUGUGGACAUCUGUUUUGAGGUGCACCACAUUGUACACUGAAAGCGGGCCUUUUUGUACAUUAGAAUUAGCAUUAGACCCUACAUGAUAAGAAACCAUGGCACCAGGAAGCAAGGCAGAGAAAAAAGCAGCAUUGGAUGCUGGGGCAUGGAUGUUCAAUGUUGUAACUUCGGUUGGCAUAAUCAUGGUCAACAAGGCCUUAAUGGCUACACAUGGUUUUAGCUUUGCCACAACAUUGACUGGGAUGCAUUUUGCAACUACCACUUUGAUGACAUUGGUAAUGAAAUGGUUAGGAUACGUUCAGCCAUCUCAUUUACCUCUAUCGGAGCUAGUAAAGUUUGUAUUUUUUGCAAACCUAUCAAUUGUUGGAAUGAAUGUUAGCUUGAUGUGGAACUCUGUUGGCUUUUAUCAGAUUGCGAAGCUAUCUAUUAUUCCACUUCUAUGCAUUAUGGAGGUCCUGUUCGAAAAUUUCCGUUACUCGAGGGAUACAAAGCUUAGUAUAGUGGUUGUCCUUGUAGGUGUGGGAGUGUGUACAGUUUCUGAUGUUAGUGUAAAUGCGCAAGGAUUGGUAGCUGCCGUAAUAGCAGUUUGCGGCACUGCUUUACAACAGCAUUAUGUCAAUUACCUUCAACGGAAGUACUCGCUCAACUCACUCAAACUCUUGGGUCACACUGCACCAGCUCAAGCAGCUUCACUGUUGAUAUUAGGCCCAUUCGUGGACUUCUGGCUGACCAGGAAUAGAAUCGACACUUUUCACUACACCAGCACAGUGACGUUCUUCAUUGUGCUGUCAUGCGUUAUUUCAGUCGGGACCAAUCUCAGCCAAUUCAUAUGCAUUGGGAGAUUCACCGCCGUCACGUUUCAAGUGAUCGGACACAUGAAGACAAUUCUCGUGCUAACCCUGGGAUUUCUGUUGUUCGGGAAAGAAGGCCUGAAUUUCCACGUGGCGUUUGGUAUGAUCCUCGCCAUUGUUGGGAUGAUAUGGUACAGCAGCGCGUCUUCGAAACCCGGAGGCAAGGAGCGGCAGGGUGUGGCGAGUGAGAAGGCCCAGAAGUCGCCACAGUCGGAGCUGGACGAUAAAGUAUGAGAUGGAAGCCUCGAAGUUCCUAUCGUCAGCUAUUUAUAUGGACCCUGUCUUAUAUAUCAAAAGUAAAAUGAUCAUGAGAAUUUUCCUCAUUGUACACGGUUCCUUGGAGGAAUGUUUCUACAGGGAUGUUAGAAAUGUAGGCCAGAGAAGAAAGAGAGAGUUUACACUUUCGCAGGAAAUACUCCUACAUAGGUAACGUGGGCAGACGUUUUCAGUUUCAAGACUUCGUAAUUUCAUCACCGUCGUUCCUUCUUUUUUGAAA